AUGUCACUAUGCGACAACGGCAUUUUAGUGAACUAUACCUAUUUGGGAAGUAAAAACUGUUGUACAAAGCGUAGAUUGGUCACAACGAGCAUUCCAGCUUUGAUUGAAAGAGCCUUGUUUUUCUCAAUUGAAGGUGGCGGUCGGUUUGACCUUAUCAAGCUACCGAAAUCGCGCAAGGGCUGGGCUUCUUACAGCGCAACAAAAACGCAUCUUGUGUCGCAGUAUUUCAGGUGCCCUAGCUUGUACGCAAGGGACUUUAGUCUUUUGCAUGCCGCAGUUAUGAGCCCGGGUUUCCUAGCAGUUAAAGGUAUCGGUUUCAACGUUGCUGGCAAAGCCGAACGAAUCCACGGCUCAAUUAGGGCGUCUAGCAACCCAAAACGAAGAGUGCUUGCGGCCAAACAACCUAUUCGCGUGACUGUUGCUUUAGUCUCAUGUAACUUCCUCAUUGCUAUAGUUAUGAGGAAGGCCAGCGCAGCGUUUGCUGUCGGGUGCUAUAUGACUGUCAAACCGUCACCAGAAACGCCUCUGUUUUGCUUGGCCUUAGCAUAUCUAGCUUCCAAAGCUGGAUUUCCAGCAGGCACAUUCAACGUUCUAACGACCUCUUUGGAAAACACCCCUGGUAUUUCCGUGGUCUUGUGUAACCAUCCUCUCAACGCGAAAGUAAGGCUUACAGGCAGCACUAGGAAGAGCAAAAUUGUUGCUGGUCUUUAUGCUCAGGGCCUUAAAAAGUGCACACUGGAGCUUGGUGGAAACUGUCCUGUUAUUGUCUUUGACGAUGCUGACAUUGGCCAAGCCAUCAGCCAAAUCAUGGCAUUAAAGUGGAGGAAUGUGGGCCAAGAAUAA